GGUUGUACCUCAAAACUGGGAGUGACAGGGUGCUGAAAACCUCAGUAACACUACGUAUGUUUGGGAUGCAGCGGAAGCAACCAAAUUUGGACAAUCAGAGUCAGGAUCAUAGAGAGAGGGCAGAUACAGUGGUGAAACAAAAGACUCCUGGCAUGCAGACUUUUUCAUCACUAUUGCAGCCCAUGUUAGCUGCAAAGAAGGUCUCAAAGUCGUCCCCCUGCAGCUCUGGGAAAAGUGCUUCGUCUCAGCCAGGGAGUUCACGGAACAAAGGCUCGGUGUCCUGCCUUCAAGCUAUCUCUAGUGCAACCCAGAGCAUGACUGCAGAGCUGGCAAUGACUUCAAAGGUUCCCCACGGAGGAAAGUCCCCCCUGGCAUCCAGAUUACACCCUGCGCAGUAUCAUAACAAGCACAGAUCUAAGCAUGUGAAAGACGGCGUAUUAAAUGGAUCCACCUGUGGGGAAGCGAGCAAACAAACACAAAGCCAAGACAUCCUGAGGAGCGAGAACAAGAUGAAACACCUUUUCAACAAAACAAACACUGAGGAGAUCAUAGACUCUGGGUGUCCAUCCAGUGUUGAGACUCUGGAUGACUUCCUGGGAGGUACCACCACUGCUCCACAUCUUCCCAUUUUUGAUACAUCUGAAUCUGAAGAGGAGGCUGAUGAUAACUUAUUAGCCAUCUGUCAGGCCACAGAUGUAAAGAGAGAUUGGAGGAUCUUUCCGAGGACAGUUUCUCCGACAGAUUUAAACUUUGGUAGCCUCUUUUGCAGCACUCCUACCCCGCAUAGCCUGCAGACUUGCAGGUCAACCAGCACCACUGACAGACAGGGGUGGUGUGAUGAGGUCUGGGUUCCGAGGACUACUGAAAAGCUAGCGAAUCUGAAUUUGGGUGGCCUGAUUAGAUUUAGUGAUGAGAAAGAGGACAAACACACUCAACAAUGUCAAGUGGCCCAGGGAGAAGCUGCUACUGCCAAAGAACCCCAGUUUCUAAAAAAUAGGAACAAAAAGACUGCAUGCAGACCCAAGCAAAGGAUAUUAGAUGAGUUGUUUAAUGAGGAGGAGGAGGAGGCCCAGUGUCGGAUCUGCCACAGUGGUGAUAGUUCACCAACCAACCCUCUGCUGACACCCUGCCUGUGUUCUGGAAGCCUGCGGUUUGUUCACCAUGACUGUAUCAGGAAAUGGAUCCUUAAGAGAUUCCUGUCAGGGACAUUGAUCUCUGCUAUUAGAAGUUGUGAACUUUGCUUGGGGAAGCUAACAUCAGUCCUGAUUCCAUCUUAUUUGGAUUAUUUUGACGAGCCACAUGACCAGCAGGAACAGGUGGAUGACACUGCUGAACAUCAUGUCCAAGAAGCAGUAGAAGAAAUUGCGUCUAGCCCAUCCAUGAUAUUGUCACCCCCGAGAGCUUUGCCAUCGCUGCCCACAGCUACCCGGUCAUCCCUUAGGACUCGUUCACUGCCAAUGCUAAUAAGGAUGGGACUCAGAAGAAUCAGAGAGAGGAGAAACUACUCACCGGAGACAUCUGACACUUGAUCCUCAUCCCUUUUCCUUUUGUUUUUUUUAUAUAUCUUGAUGAAACUAAACCCAAGUAUUACAAUAAACUACAAUGUGUAUAAUUUAAGUGA